AUGCAGACUGCUUCUACAAACAUUUGUGAAAGAAUGAUUCGCUCUCAGGAGCUCAGUGAAUUCAAGCGUGGUACCGUGAUAGGUUGUCACCUGUGCAAUAAGUCCAUCCGUGACAUUUCCUGGCUACUAAAUAUUCCAAGGUCAGCUGUUCGUGGUAUUAUAACAAAGUGGAAGCAACUGGGAACAACAGCAACUCAGCCACGAAGUGGUAGGCCACGUAAAAUGACAGAGCAGAGUCAGCGCAUGCUGAAGCGCACAGUGCACAGACGUCGCCAACUGUCUGCAGAUGUCAAUAGCUAAAGACCUUAAAACUUCAUGUGACCUUCAGAUUAACACAACAACAGUGCAUAGAGAGCUUCAUGGAAUGGGUUUCCAUGGUCGAGCAGCUGCAUCUAAGCCU